UAGAUGGCAUCGCUUAUCUUGCCAGGCGGCGACGCUGCGCGAGCAUGGGGAGGGAGGAGUGGGGUGGAAAGUCAAAGUCAGAAAAAGUCCGUAGUCUAUACGAGUACCGCACUCCAUUAUAGACAGUAUAUGCAUAAUACCAAAGUCCCCCCCCCUCUUUCUCAAUCAGGAUCACUUCUCUCGCCCCCUACCUCCUCCGGGGAACACGGAUUCCCUUCCUGGAUCGGGGAUUUUGCCGGUCGAGGGCUUACUCCUGCCUACAGUCGGAUGGAUGUCACGGACAUUGUGUCACAAGGUAGUGCGGGGGUGAUGACCAUAUGUUUUGUUUUCCCAUUCUCAUUCACUGUUGUGUUUUCAUCUAAUAUACACGUAUGGUAUCACCAGUACUACAUAAUAGCGGCUCACAAAGGGACUAAUUCUUGUGUUUAUUGUGGGACAGCAGAUAAGACCUCACAAUCACCUAGAUGUGUAGUGUAGGACAGCAUAGUACGAGUGC